CCUGUGUUCAAGAGCCAGGAUCCCACAUGUGGAUCUACGUGUUCCUCGGGAAUGCUUUGCGUGGCAUCGGAGAAACUCCUGUCACGCCUCUCGGCAUCUCCUACAUUGAUGACUUUGCCAAACCCGAAAACUCGCCUUUCUACAUCGCUUGUCUUCAGACCAUCACUCUCCUGGGUCCCAUGUUUGGAUUUCUCCUGGGAUCCUAUUGUGCCAACCUUUAUGUUGACAUUGGAUUUGUUCAUAUGGAUAGUGUGACCAUCACUGUGAAGGACGCCCGCUGGGUGGGCGCCUGGUGGUUGGGUUUCCUGGUGUCCUCUGCCCUCCUUUUCAUCUCCAGCAUUCCCUUCUGGUUCCUGCCCCGCUCCCUACCCAAGCCGGAUACUUCGGAGUCCAAAUCAGCUUCUGUGACCCCAGAAGCUGCAGUGAGCAGCAACCACAAGCUUAAGCUGAAGGAAAUCGCCAAAGGGUUCCUUCCAUCGCUGAGACGCCUGUUGGGAACUCCUGCCUACUUCUUGCUUCUUUGUGCGAGCAUCCUGAAAUUCAACUCCUUCAUUGGGCUUUUCACCUUCAAAGCCAAAUACAUGGAGCAGCAGUUUGGACAGUCUGCAUCCAGAGCCAACUUCCUCAUAGGGAUGCUGAACUUGCCCGCUGUAGCAGUGGGGAUCUUCCUGGGGGGGCUCCUGAUGAGGAGGUACAAGCUGAGUGUGGUGUCAGGAGCUCAGCUCUCCUUUGUCACGUCCUUCAUCGGAUACCUCCUGUUACUGCUGCAGUUUGGUACCAAGUGUGAUAACAUACCUGUGGCAGGGCUCACUGUGUCCUACAAUGGAACACGGAGUGUAUCGUACUACGCAGGGACCCUCUUUUCCGAGUGCAACAGAGACUGCUCAUGUUCAGCAGACGAGUGGGACCCUGUCUGCGCAGACAGUGGGAUCACGUACAUCUCCCCAUGCAUGGCGGGCUGCCUCAACUCCAGCGGAUACGGAAAAAACACGGUUUUUCAUAACUGUAGCUGUGUGUCCACAUCCUUUCCGGCCGGCACCUCCUCGUCGGUGAAGCUGGGCCAGUGCCCUCAUGCUAAGGACUGCAGCCGCAGUUUCACCUCCUACAUGGCGGUUUCUGUCCUCAGCUCCUUCAUCAGCUCUCUUGGAGCCACACCCGGUUACAUGGUCAUCAUCCGAUGCAUCUCACCAGAGCUGAAGUCUCUUGCUCUGGGAAUUCAGGCCUUGGUAACAAGGACUCUUGGUGGAAUCCCAGCACCAGUGUAUUUUGGAGCCCUGAUUGACUCAACGUGCCUGAAGUGGUCUGUGAAGAAGUGUGGGGGCCAGGGGGCAUGUCGCCUUUAUGAGUCAGACAUGUACAGAGUUAUUUUCUUGGGUCUGAUCACCUGCCUCAGUGGUUCCUCCUAUUUCUUCAUGAUUGCCGUCAUCGUCCUCCUCAGGCGACAGUUUCGAGGACAAGAUGGGGAAAAAGAAACGCAGCGCAUUAAAGCUUCUAAGGACAUUGAACUCCAGAUCCCAUCAAACGCCACUGAAGGCGCUGGCGCGUCAAUGAGUCCCAAGGUGCCUCAUGACCUGAAGGUUACCACAGACUGUGACAAGGAGGAAGCGGUUGACAGAUUAGGACAGCCUUCACGAGAUAAUGAGUCUAAAUGCUGUACACAGACCACGACUGAGUUCACUCUGCAUGUAACUGAUGAAGCCAGCAAGGACCUGGCCUGCUGGGAGGCAGAAUCUCAGCAAGAGAUCAACCACACAGAGGAAAGAAGCCAAGAAUAGAAGCUCUUACCCACUCCAGAACAGCAAUGGGUUUCAAAGGAAACACAAAAAAAACUUAUCUCCUAUUUGAAAUAAAAUUACAUUUAUUUGCAUCAAUAAAUGUUUGUAGAAUGCUCUUCCUCGUUCCUUUAGUAAGACCAAAGCUUCAAGUACAUUAAGUAGGGCUGCAACGAUUUGAUUUAAUGAUUCAAUUCAUAUCAUUAUUUGUGGUUGACGAUACGAUUCAUUGUGGAUCUUUGUUCAUUCGGAACGAUCCAAAGGUUUUCCAGAUUCUUGGACUUCUUCCAGAUUAUCAAGUGUGAAUGAAAUAUGUGUCCAAACAAACAAGUAAACAAGUAUUGAUGGCAAAUCCUCGCUUGCCGACCGAAGUCGUCAGCACAGGCGAGCUGCUCCAGGGACAAGCAGCUCGCCUGGUUCAGACCUGCUCCUGGUACCGAUCCGGUCCAGGGACAAGCAGCUCGCCUGGUUCAGACCUGCUCCUGGUACCGAUCCGGUCCAGGGACAAGCAGCUCGCCUGGUUCAGACCUGCUCCUGGUACCGAUCCGGUCCAGGGACAAGAAGCUCGCCUGGUUCGGACCUGCUCCUGGUACCGAUCCGGUCCAGGGACAAGCAGCUCGCCUGGUUCAGACCUGCUCCUGGUACCGAUCCGGUCCAGGGACGUGCAGCUCGCCUGGUUCCGACUUGCUCCUGGUACCGACCUGCUCCGGUUCCAGAGCUGCAGAGUGCCGGCCCCUGCUCCAGCAUGUGAAGGCCAGACAGAAAGUAAAAAAACGCUGCAGUACCUCAACAGACCAGAAGGGGGCUGGUGCAUUUUCACAUCGACUGCUGUGUUCGAAUCCUCAUUUUCAGCCUCAAAUAAACCUCUUUGAUGCCGGC